AUGGCGGAUCAUAACCCCGCGCUGGAUGCCAAGCUCCAGGAUCUUGACCGUGAGCUUGAGGAGGGCGAUAUCACGGAAAAAGGCUACCAAAAGCGACGAACGCUGCUCUUCUCACAGUACGGACCUCCGCCCGUCCCGCCGCCGCAAUCUGGCCUCCGAAUCCAUUCCGUCGAGAACUCUUCGCACCCCGUAAACGAUGGUCACAGAGUAGCUGCCAUGAACGCCUUGGGAGGCGGCGGUGCACCUCGUCCCAGCAGCUCACACUCCCAGCAGCAGCAAGACGGUCCCGGCUCUUGGGCCCCGACGCCUGACCAUAACCCAAACGCAUUGCGCCCCGGCGUGCCGAUACCCGAAAACCGCCCCGGCAUGCCGAUACAUCGCGACUCGCUGUUUUAUCUGGGCUCUGGAGGCGCAAUGGGCCCAUCGCGAAGCGAAACCAUGGUGUCUGGCAACUACGCCUUCAACCCCGACCAACAUGGCUCCUAUCCUCAUUCGCAGGCGCCCCCGCCAGACAGUAGAACUCAGACACUGCUUGACUCCCAGGGUUACUUUUCUGACUUCGCUGGCGAGCAACACUACGACCAGCCCCAGCAAGCCGACUAUGGUGGCCCGCAGCACCGAUACUCAUCCACUGAGGCCUUCUCUCCUACGGCCGCCAUGGCCCCGCCGAUGCUUACGGCCAGUGACCUCCCGCCACCGGAGGCACUUGCAUACCAGUUGCCCUUGGAACCUCGUGAGGUUCCGUUCUCCAUAAUGGAUUCGCAUGAUCCGAGCCUGGCUAUGUCGAAAUUCGACAACCUCGCUUCGGUGCUACGGCAUCGAGGGCGUACAAUUGCAAAGACCCCUGCGUUUUGGGUCCUCGAUAGCAAGGGCAAAGAGACAGCCUCCAUCACAUGGGACAAAUUUGCUUCCCGAGCCGAAAAAGUGGCUCAUGUCAUACGAGAGAAGAGCUCUCUCUAUCGUGGUGAUCGAGUUGCCCUGGUAUACCGAGACAGUGAAGUUAUCGACUUCGCCAUUGCUCUCAUGGGAUGCUUCAUAGCAGGUGUCGUCUCUGUACCCAUAAACGACUUGCAAGACUACCAACGUCUCAACUACAUCCUCACCUCCACACAAGCUCAUCUCGCGCUGACGACGGACAAUAACUUGAAGGCCUUUCAGCGGGAUAUCACGGCGCAAAAGCUUACUUGGCCCCGCGGCGUUGAGUGGUGGAAAACAAACGAGUUUGGUAGCUACCACCCCAAGAAGAAAGAAGAUAUGCCUGGUCUGAACGUUCCGGAUCUCGCAUAUAUCGAGUUUUCGCGAGCGCCAACUGGUGACCUGAGGGGGGUCGUGCUCAGCCAUCGCACCAUCAUGCAUCAGAUGGCAACUCUCAGUGCUGUCAUUUCCAACAUCCCUGGGAAUACCCCGGGAGACACUUUCAACCAGUCACUCCGAGAUAAAAAUGGACGUCUCAUCGGUGGUCGUUCUCGCAGCGAAUCAAUCCUCUCUUAUCUGGACCCUCGUCAAGGAAUUGGCAUGAUUCUCGGCGUCUUGUUGACAGUCUAUGGUGGCCAUACUACUAUUUGGUUUGACAACAAGGCUGUCGAUGUGCCUGGUCUAUAUGCCCAUUUAAUCACCAAAUACAGGGCGACAAUCAUGGUUGCCGACUAUCCAGGCUUGAAACGUUCUGCGUACAACUACCAACAAGACCCCAUGACAACCAGAAACUAUAAAAAGGGCAUGGAGCCCAAUUUCCAGACCGUUAAGCUGUGCUUAAUUGAUACCCUUACAGUUGACAGCGAAUUCCACGAGGUUCUGGCCGAUCGAUGGCUACGUCCGCUACGCAACCCCAGAGCGCGUGAUGUCGUAUCGCCCAUGCUCUGUCUCCCAGAACAUGGUGGCAUGGUUAUAAGUCUGAGAGACUGGCUUGGUGGUGAGGAACGAAUGGGUGUUCCGCUGAAGAUGCUGGAAGCAGAAUCUGAGAAGGGCGAAGACUCUGACACCAGCAGCGAGAAGGAAGAAAUCAAGCCUGCUAUCUCGAAUGGAUUUGGCAGUUUACUUGGCGGAGGAACGACAACUACUAAGGAUCCACAAGAUUCACAGACGGAGAUGAAUGAGGUGCUUCUCGACCGCGAAGCACUCAAGACAAACGAGGUGGUUGUGGUCGCAUAUGGAGCCGAAGCUAGGAAGAAAGGCUCUAAUGAUCCUGGCAUGGUUCGAGUCGGAGCCUUUGGAUACCCUAUUCCAGAUGCCACCUUGGCCAUUGUUGACCCCGAAACUGGUUUACUUGCUUCCCCCCACUCCGUCGGCGAAAUUUGGGUUGACUCACCAUCACUAUCUGGUGGAUUUUGGGCUCAACCUAAGAACACGGAGAUCAUCUUUCAUGCUCGACCUUACAAGUUUGACCCGGGUGAGCCCACCCCCACGCCCGUGGAGCCUGAGUUUCUUCGUACGGGUCUUCUAGGAACUGUUAUUCAGGGCAAGAUUUUUAUUCUUGGAUUGUACGAAGACCGCAUUCGGCAAAAGGUUGAAUGGGUUGAGCAUGGGACUGAAUUGGCCGAGUAUCGCUACUUCUUUGUGCAGCACAUGGUUGUCAGCAUUGUCAAGAAUGUGCCCAAAACAUACGACUGCUCUGCAUUUGAUGUGUUUGUCAACGAGGAGCACUUGCCAGUUGUGGUGUUGGAAACUGCAGCAGCAUCGACGGCACCCCUGACUUCCGGCGGCCCUCCCAGACAGCCGGACAUGGCUCUUUUAGACUCACUUGCCGAGCGCUGCAUGGAGGUGUUGAUGCAGGAGCACCACCUCCGACUGUACUGCGUGAUGAUUACAGCACCAAACUCAUUACCUCGAGUAAUGAAGAAUGGCAGACGUGAGAUUGGCAACAUGCUGUGUCGUCGAGAGUUUGAUCUCGGUAACCUGCCUUGUGUUCACGUCAAGUUCGGCGUGGAGCAUGCCGUUCUCAAUCUUCCGAUUGGCGUGGACCCUAUUGGUGGCAUCUGGUCGCAAGUAUCCUCAGAGUCUCGUGAAAAUGUGCUCAUGACGUCUGAGAAGCAGUACUCCGGCAUUGAUCGACGUGAAGUUGUUAUUGACGAUAGAACGUCCACCCCGCUAAACAACUUCUCCUGCAUCACAGAUCUUAUUCACUGGCGUGUCGCUCGUCAACCUGAAGAGCUGGCUUACUGCACCAUCGACGGGAGAGGGCGAGAAGGCAAGGGCAUUACUUGGCGCAAGUUUGAUUCCAGAGUCGCUGCUGUGGCAAUGUACCUGAAGAACAAAGUCAAGGUACGACCGGGCGAUCAUUUAAUCCUCAUGUACACCCACUCGGAGGAGUUUGUGUUUGCAAUACACGCCUGCAUCAGCCUUGGCGCCAUCGUUAUCCCCAUUGCACCUCUGGAUCAGAACCGCUUGAACGAGGAUGUCCCUGCGUUCCUUCAUAUCGUCUCCGAUUACCGAGUCAAAGCUGUUCUUGUCAACAACGAUGUCGAUCAUCUCAUUAAACUCAAGCCAGUUUCCAGCCACAUCAAGCAGUCAGCGCAGAUCCUCAAGAUUUCGACCCCGAGUCACUACAACACGUCAAAACCGCCAAAGCAGAAUAAUGGUCUCCGGGAAUUGGGCCUGACCAUUGACCCUGCGUGGAUCCGGCCUGGCCAUCCAGUCAUCAUUUGGACAUACUGGACCCCGGAUCAGCGCAGGAUUGCUGUCCAACUCGGCCACGAUACAAUAAUGGGCAUGUGCAAGGUUCAGAAGGAGACGUGCCAGAUGACUAGCUCCCGACCAGUACUUGGCUGUGUCCGCAGUACAACUGGGCUUGGCUUUCUUCAUUCCUGUCUAAUGGGCAUCUAUAUCGGCACACCAACAUACUUGCUAUCACCAGUCGAAUUUGCACAGAAUCCAAUGUCGCUGUUUGUCACCCUGGCCAGAUAUAAGAUCAAAGACACAUAUGCAACAGCGCAAAUGCUGGAUCACGCCAUGGCUACUAUGCAAGCCAAGGCAUUCACCUUGCAUGAACUGAAAAACAUGAUGAUCUCGUCUGACAGUCGGCCGCGAGUUGACAUCUUUCAGAAGGUUCGCAUGCACUUCGCCCAGGCCGGCCUAGAUCCGACGGCCAUCAACACGGUAUACUCUCAUGUUCUCAAUCCCAUGAUUGCAUCUCGGUCAUAUAUGUGUAUUGAACCAAUUGAGCUCUGCCUAGACCCGAAAGCUCUCCGAAGAGGAUUGAUCAUGUCUGUUGACCCAGAGUCGAAUCCCAAGGCCCUUGUGGUGCAAGACUCCGGCAUGGUGCCAGUGUCUACCCAGAUUGCCAUUGUCAACCCGGAGAGCAGAGCACACUGCCUUGAUGGCGAAUAUGGAGAGAUUUGGGUGGAUUCGGAGGCAUGCGUUAAGUCAUUUUACGGAUCGAAGGACGAUUUUGAUGCGGAGCGCUUUGACGGCCGAACUGUCGACGGUGAUCCUGCCGUACAGUAUGUGCGAACUGGUGAUUUGGGCUUUUUGUACAAUGUGAGCCGGCCUAUUGGGCCCGGUGGCGCACUGGUUGACAUGCAGGUGCUCUUUGUGCUGGGUGGAAUUGGUGAAACAUUUGAGAUUAACGGAUUGAGCCACUUCCCGAUGGAUAUUGAGUCCUCCGUGGAGAAGUGCCACCGUAACAUUAUACCCAACGGCUGUGCGGUUUUCCAGGCCGGCGGUCUGAAUGUUGUCCUCGUCGAGGUCAACCGCAAGGCUUACCUGGCUUCCAUUGUGCCUGUCAUUGUCAAUGCGAUCCUGAGUGAGCAUCAAAUAAUCAUUGACAUUGUUGCUUUUGUCAGCAAAGGUGACUUCCCACGGUCGCGACUGGGCGAGAAACAGCGUGGCAAGAUCCUCGCUGGCUGGGUAACUCGUAAGCUGCGCACUAUGGCUCAGUUUGGCAUCCGUGACGGGAGUCCAGCAGCCCUGGGCGACGGCCCGGGUCCUGAUGAAAGCAGACACUCGACGGGAAGCAUGCGUAGCUCCGCGAUGCUGGCAGCAGGAUCAUCUAGUCUCCGAAAUUUCGAGACAGCUCCGCACAUCCCUGAGCAUGAAGAAUAUGAUGUCCGAUACAAUACCAUGUCUACAAUGCCACCUCCGAGGCACAGCGUGAUCCCCGAGGAUCAGACAACGCCGACAGGCCAUCCACAAGGGGCGUCAACGGCGGCACCCGAUGUCUUCCCACAGACUGACAGGGCAGAUACAGGCGCUGAUGACUACGGGUUUAUGAGCAAGGAGGAUCCCACUCUUACCCAUUUCGUCUCGGAGCUUGAUUCCACGCGGAAUUUGCACCAUGAUGGGAACCAAAGCGCUCCGCAGAUAAGGCUGCCGGGUGUUGAUGGCCGAGAGAGUAUGGACAUGUUUGCCGGCGGGGCGGACCGACCGGAAGACGACGAAACGGAGUGGACAGCUGACGCAAUUAUGCACAUGAAUCUUGCGGGUGAUAUGGACACCCGGCGAGGUGAGGCAAGAUGA